UCCUAUCUGUGUUCUGAAAAAAUCAAAUGUUUGGUCGCAUGGGUCGCUUCAAUCUUUUACUAGUUUGGUCACUUCACCUCAGUUUGUGUCUACUUCUUUGUCCCACAUCGGCGCAGCUCAAAACAAAUUACUAUGCCAACAUCUGCCCCGACGUAGAAAAAAUUGUAAAAAAUGCUGUCACUAAUAAAUUCCAGCAAACAUUCGUCACUGUUCCGGCAACACUCCGUCUCUUUUUCCACGAUUGCUUUGUCCAGGGAUGUGAUGCUUCCGUUAUAGUUGCUUCCACUGCAAACAACAAGGCAGAAAAGGACCAUUCUGAUAAUCUAUCAUUAGCCGGAGAUGGGUUUGAUACGGUGAUCAAAGCCAAAGCAGCCGUUGAUGCAGUUCCUCAAUGCAAAAACAAAGUUUCAUGCGCUGAUAUUCUUGCCUUGGCCACCAGAGAUGUUAUUGGUUUGGUUGGUGGACCUUCAUAUUCGGUUGAGUUGGGAAGAUUGGAUGGACUAACCUCAACUUCUACAAGUGUAGAUGGGAAGCUGCCCAAGCCAACAUUCAAUUUGAACCAGCUCACUUCCAUGUUUGCUUCCAAUGGGUUGUCCCAGGCUGACAUGGUUGCUCUUUCAGGAGCACACACCCUAGGGUUCUCUCAUUGCAACCAGUUCUCAAAUCGGAUUUACAGUAAUCCAGUGGACCCCACGCUGAACAAAACGUAUGCAACGCAGCUCCAACAAAUGUGUCCCAAAAAUGUGGACCCCGACAUAGCCAUCAACAUGGACCCAACCACGCCCAGGGAGUUUGACAAUGCAUACUUUGAGAAUCUUAUAGAAGGGAAGGGGUUAUUUACCUCGGACCAGGUCCUUUUUACGGACAGCAGGUCCCAGCCCACGGUAAGAACAUGGGCCAAAGAUAAGACGGCUUUUAACCAGGCCUUUAUUAACGCCAUGACCAAGCUGGGUCGGGUCGGAAUCAAGACCGGCCAUAAUGGCAAUAUUCGUCGUGAUUGCGGUAUUUUAAAUUGAGGAAAAAAAAAGGGGGUUAUAAAAGGAAGCAGGUUAAACUAAAUGUGGACCAAAUUCAGCUUCAGUUCAUCUGUUUCUUUUUUGGGACAAAAAAUGGGAAGAAAAAAAAAAGAAAAGAGAGAGGGAAAGAAGGGAAAAAAAGAAGUUGAAAAUAGGUGAGAUUCAACUCUUACAGCGAGGUUUGUAACUUCAAUAAUCCAAAUUGUUAAGUUGGCUGUAUAUGAAAUAAUGGACAGGAUGACAUUGUGUCAAUAUGUUAAGUGAAACAACAUCAGGCCCAAUUCGUUUUCCUUUUUAUAUUUAA